AUACAAACCCAUCCUAGAGGCAAUAAAGGAUAUCCCCGAUCUCAGAGUUGUCCUCCAGAAGGGAUGGGGGACUCUUAAGGACAUAACCGCUGAGGACUUCAUUCACAUCCCAACCAUACCACACACUUACCUCUUCCCCAAAUGCUGUGCUGUUAUGCAUCAUGGUGGUGCCGGUACUACCGCUAUGGGAUUGGACUUUGGCCUGCCAACCUCCGUUAUAUCCUUCUUCGGGGACCAAUGGAUCUGGGGUAGCCUAGUCCAACUGCACGGCGCUGGCAAGUUCCUGCGUAGAGAACACGUAGAACCCCAGGCCGUGAAGGCAUGUUUAGAGUUUAGCAUCACUUCUGGUGCUAAGGCGGCGGCUAAGAGGCUGCAGGAGAGUUUCAGAGAGGAGCGUAAGCGUGGUAUGGGUGCUCAUGAAGGCGCGUUGGGUUUUCAACGACAAUUACCAUUGGAAUUGGUCACUUGCCCCGUAUGUGCCGUCGCAUUAUCAGAAUCCCAAGGGGUGUUGGUUACUCCAUUAAGGACAGCUGAUUGGGGAAGAACUCGUGGCGGCAUACUCUAUGUUCACUUCGUGCGGGGGCUGAAAGCAGGAACAAGGCUUUUCGUACGGAUGGUCCAAGGUGGCCAGACGGGAGGUGUCAGCGGUUUCCUCAUAG